GCCUUUUAGGCCUGCGCACUCGGAAUUUGGCCGCGCGCACGAGGCUCACUGCGCAUGUGUGUUGCCAGGGGUAGCGCAGGUAACCAAAGUGGCUGGCGGAGUGGGGCCUGUUGCUGAGGCGGGAGGAGGGGCCUGAGGCGUGAGGGAAGCCGCGAUGAGGGCCGUGUUGACGUGGAGAGAUAAAGCCGAGCAGUGUAUAUAUGACCUCGCAUUUAAGCCUGAUGGAACGCAACUGAUUUUGGCUGCAGGAAACAGAUUACUGGUUUAUGACACCUCUGAUGGCACCUUACUUCAGCCCCUAAAGGGACACAAAGAUACUGUGUACUGUGUGGCAUAUGCAAAGGAUGGCAAACGCUUUGCUUCUGGAUCAGCUGACAAAAGCGUUAUUAUCUGGACCUCAAAAUUGGAAGGCAUUCUGAAGUACACACACAAUGAUUCUAUCCAGUGUGUCUCCUACAACCCUGUUACCCACCAACUGGCAUCUUGUUCCUCCAGUGACUUUGGCUUGUGGUCUCCUGAACAGAAGUCUGUCUCCAAGCACAAAUCCAGUAGCAAGAUCACCUGCUGCAGCUGGACAAAUGAUGGUCAGUACCUGGCUCUCGGGAUGUUCAAUGGGAUCAUCAGCAUACGGAAUAAAAAUGGCGAGGAGAAAGUGAAAAUCGAGCGGCCGGGGAGCUCCCUCUCCCCCAUAUGGUCCAUCUGUUGGAACCCUUCAAGCCGAUGGGAGAGUUUCUGGAUGAACAGAGAAAAUGAGGAUGCCGAGGAAGUCGUUGUCAACAGAUAUUUUCAGGAAAUCCCUUCCAUCCUGAAGUCAGCAGUGUACAGUAGUCAGGGUAGUGAGGCAGAGGAGGAAGAGCCGGAGGAAGAGGACAGCAACUCAGAGGAACAUAAUGACAUCCUGGCUGUAGCUGAUUGGGGACAGAAACUCUCCUUCUAUCAACUAAGUGGAAAACAGAUUGGGAAGGAUCGGUCACUGAACUUUGACCCCUGCUGCCUCAGCUACUUUACUAAAGGGGAAUACAUUUUGCUGGGAGGAUCAGACAAGCAAGUAUCCCUUUUCACCAAGGACGGAGUGCGGCUUGGGACUGUUGGGGAGCAGAACUCCUGGGUGUGGACGUGUAAAGUGAAACCUGACUCCAACUACGUGGUGGUAGGCUGCCAAGAUGGCACCAUUUCCUUCUACCAGCUUAUUUUCAGUACUGUCCAUGGGCUCUACAAGGACCGGUAUGCUUACAGGGAUAGCAUGACUGAUGUCAUCGUGCAACACCUGAUCACCGAGCAGAAAGUUCGGAUUAAAUGCAAAGAGCUUGUCAAGAAAAUUGCCAUCUACAAAAAUCGAUUAGCUAUCCAACUGCCAGAGAAAAUCCUCAUCUAUGAGUUGUAUUCAGACGACUCGUCAGAUAUGCAUUACCGGGUGAAGGAGAAGAUUGUCAAGAAGUUUGAAUGCAACCUUCUGGUGGUGUGUGCCGAUCACAUCAUCCUCUGCCAGGAGAAACGGCUACAGUGCUUGUCCUUCAGUGGAGUGAAGGAGCGGGAAUGGCAGAUGGAGUCUCUCAUUCGCUACAUCAAGGUGAUCGGUGGCCCUCCAGGAAGGGAAGGUCUGUUAGUAGGCCUGAAGAAUGGACAGAUCCUAAAGAUCUUUGUGGACAAUCUCUUUGCCAUUGUCCUGCUGAAGCAGGCCACAGCCGUGCGCUGCUUGGACAUGAGUGCUUCCCGUAACAAGCUGGCUGUGGUGGAUGAAAACGACACAUGUCUGGUGUAUGACAUCCACACCAAGGAGCUGCUUUUUCAGGAGCCGAAUGCCAACAGCGUGGCCUGGAACACCCAGUGUGAAGACAUGCUCUGCUUCUCAGGAGGGGGCUGCCUCAACAUCAAAGCCAGCACCUUCCCCGUGCACCAGCAGAAGCUACAGGGCUUUGUGGUGGGCUACAAUGGCUCCAAGAUCUUCUGCCUCCAUGUCUUCUCCAUGUCAGCUGUGGAGGUGCCGCAGUCUGCUCCGAUGUACCAGUACCUGGAUAGGAAAAUGUUCAAAGAAGCCUACCAGAUUGCUUGCUUGGGAGUGACGGACACUGACUGGCGUGAGCUGGCUAUGGAAGCUUUAGAAGGAUUAGAGUUUGAAACAGCAAAGAAGGCCUUCACCAGAGUACAAGACCUCCGAUAUUUAGAGCUCAUCAACAGCAUUGAGGAGAGGAAGAAGCGGGGAGAGACCAACAAUGACCUGUUUCUGGCAGAUGUGUUUUCCUACCAGGGGAAGUUCCACGAAGCCGCCAAACUGUACAAGAGGAGUGGGCAUGAGAACCUCGCACUCGACAUGUACACCGACCUCCGCAUGUUUGAGUAUGCCAAGGAUUUCCUUGGAUCUGGAGACCCCAAAGAAACAAAGAUGCUAAUCACCAAACAGGCUGACUGGGCUAGAAAUAUCAACGAGCCUAAAGCCGCUGUGGAGAUGUAUAUCUCAGCGGGAGAGCACGUCAAGGCCGUAGAGAUCAGCGGCGACCAUGGCUGGAUUGACACGUUAAUCGACAUUGCCCGUAAACUGGACAAGGCCGAGCGGGAGCCCCUGCUGAUGUGUGCUUACUACUUCAAGAAGCUGGAUAACCCUGGCUAUGCUGCUGAAACCUACCUGAAGAUUGGUGACCUGAAGUCCUUGGUUCAGCUGCAUGUGGAGACCCAGCGCUGGGACGAGGCCUUUGCUUUGGGUGAGAAGCAUCCCGAAUUUAAGGAUGACAUCUAUGUGCCCUAUGCUCAGUGGCUAGCAGAGAAUGAUCGUUUUGAGGAAGCCCAGAAAGCGUUCCACAAGGCUGGGCGGCAGCGGGAAGCGGUCAGGGUGCUGGAGCAACUCACACACAAUGCCGUGGUCGAGAGCAGAUUUAAUGACGCUGCCUAUUAUUACUGGAUGCUGUCCAUGCAGUGCCUUGAUAUAGCUCAAGACCCUGCCCAGAAGGACACGAUGCUUGACAAGUUCCGCCACUUCCAGCACUUGGCCGAGCUGUACCACAGCUACCAUGCCAUUCAGCGGUACACGGAGGAGCCCUUCAGUUUCCAUCUUCCCGAAACCCUCUUCAACAUCUCCAGGUUCCUGCUGCACAGCCUGACCAAAGACACCCCCUUGGGCAUCUCUAAAGUGAACACUCUCUUCACUCUGGCCAAGCAAAGCAAAGCCCUGGGUGCCUACAAGCUGGCCCGGCAUGCCUACGACAAGCUGCAGGGUCUGCAGAUCCCUGCCAGGUUCCAGAAGUCCAUUGAGCUGGGCAGCCUGACCAUCCGCUCCAAGCCCUUCCAUGACAGCGAGGAGCUGGUGCCCUUGUGCUACCGCUGCUCCACCAACAACCCACUGCUGAACAACCUGGGCAAUGUUUGCAUCAACUGCCGCCAGCCCUUCGUCUUCUCUGCCUCUUCCUAUGAGGUGCUGCACCUGGUUGAAUUCUACCUGGAAGAGGGGAUCAGUGAUGAAGAAGCUGUCUCCCUCAUUGACCUGGAGGCACCAAGACACAAGCAUGAGAACAAAUGGCAAGAGAUCACAAGCAACAGUAUCCUGGAUGCUGGGCUGAAUGCCUGUGUGUGCCAAGCACAAGGCCUGGGUACCCUUCCAGAUUCCCAGACUCUGAGGCUGGAUGAGACCACGGACUCCAUGGGAGAUGACCCAUUCACGGCAAAGCUGAGCUUUGAGCAAGGCGGCUCCGAGUUUGUGCCCGUGGUGGUGAGCCGCUCAGUGCUGCGCUCCAUGAGCCGACGGGACGUGCUCAUCAAGCGCUGGCCCCCGCCCCUGCAGUGGCAGUACUUCCGCUCGCUCCUGCCUGAUGCCUCCAUCACCAUGUGCCCCUCCUGCUUCCAGAUGUUUCACUCGGAAGACUACGAGCUGCUGGUGCUUCAGCACACCUGCUGCCCCUACUGUCGGAGGCGCAUCGACGACCCCAGCCCGUGACUGGUCCCCUCAGAACCACCGCUCCCACCGGGGCCACCUCACACUUGGCUGGGCUGUCAAAGGAAGAAAGAGUUAAACUGUCAGAAUGUGUCUUCUGCCCAGAUCAAGUGUGUAUUUUAGGGAGGGGCCUAGUGUAACCACGGAAUUCCUAUUUAUGGCAUUUCGUGCCUUGUAAAUAGCACCAGGAGAUGGAGAAGAGAAUGUACAUAUAUUUUCUAAGAAAAAAAAUCUGUUACUUUCAGAGAGACUCUGAGUUGUUUGCGGCAGCCUGCUGGAGUCCACAGAUCUGUCAGACCAUUAACAUGUACACUUUGCGAACAGAUUGCCUCAAUAAUUACAAAUAAAAGGGCUACUUAUUUUCA